CUUUUGUUUCCCAGGGUGGGAGAGGUCUGAGGUGUGAAUGGUCAUUAGCAUAUCUUUUGUUUCCAAGGGUGGGAGAGGUCUGAGGUGUGAAGGGUCAUUAAACAUAUCUUUUGUUUCCAAGGGUGGGAGAGGUCUGAGGUGUGAAUUGGUCAUUAACAUAUCUUUUGUUUCCAAGGGUGGGAGAGGUCUGAGGUGUGAAUGGUCAUUAACAUAUCUUUUGUUUCCAAGGGUGGGGGAGGUCUGAGGUGUGAACUGGUCUUUAACAUAUCUUUUGUUUCCAGAGGGUGGGAGAGGUGAGGUGUGAA